AUGCCGGCUCCACAGGACCCUACCCACCUCCCCAUCCGCGAGCAGAUGGAAAAAUUGAUCCGUCGCAAGCAACAAGAGAUCACCAAGGGUCUCGAAACCUUGGACACUGUCAAAUUCCGGGCCGAUUCCUGGACCCGUGGUAACGACGGUGGCGGUGGUACCUCCAUGGUCAUCCAAAACGGUACCACUUUCGAGAAAGGUGGUGUCAACGUUUCUGUCGUGUAUGGUCAACUUUCUCCAGAGGCCAUCUCCGCCAUGAGACACGAGCACAAGAACUUGCAAAUCCCAGUGGAUCCCGCCACGGAUUUGCCCGUUGCUGACGGUGUCAAGUUCUUCGCGUGUGGUUUGAGUAUGGUCAUCCAUCCUUCCAACCCUCACGCACCAACCACCCAUCUCAACUACCGUUACUUCGAAACGUGGAACCCAGAUGGCACUCCUCAAGCCUGGUGGUUUGGCGGUGGUGCCGACUUGACUCCUUCUUACUUGUACGAAGAGGAUGCCAAGUUGUUCCACGCUUGUCACAAGCAGGCCUUGGAUAAGCAUGAUGCCACUUUGUACCCUCGCUUCAAGAAGUGGUGUGACGAGUAUUUCUUCAUCAAGCACAGAAACGAAACCCGUGGUGUCGGUGGUAUCUUCUUCGAUGACCUUGACGACCGUGAUCCACAAGAAAUCUUGGCCAUUGUCGAAGACUGCUUCGACGCUUUCUUGCCUUCUUACUUGCCAAUUGUUGCCAAGAGAAAGGACAUGCCUUUCACUGAGGAGGAAAAACAAUGGCAAUUGUUGCGUCGUGGUCGUUACGUCGAAUUCAACUUGGUUCUAGAUAGAGGUACCCAAUUCGGUCUACGCACGCCAGGUUCUCGUACUGAGUCCAUCUUGAUGAGUUUGCCCGUGACCGCGUGCUGGCUCUACGAUCACCACCCAGAACCAGGUUCCAGAGAAGAUAAACUACUACAAGUUUUACAAAACCCAAUAGAAUGGGCUUGA